AUGGCGGAUGAGGCUCCCGCCGCUCCGCCGCGGCGCAACCCCAACAUCAUCAUCACCGGCACGCCUGGGACCGGCAAGACCACGCACUGCGAGGCACUUGCCACACGCAUAGCCGCGGCCGCCAGCACAGCCGGCGCCGCUCCAGCCUCGAACGGCUCCAGCGACGCCGUGCUGGCCGAGCUUCACCAUAUUGCCGUCAACGACGUCGUCCGCGACCGCAACUGCCAUGACGGCUGGGACGCCGAGUACCAAAGCUGGCUUGUCGACGAGGACCGCCUGCUCGACGAGCUCGAGCCGGACAUGACCAGCGAGCGCGGCGGCUGCAUUGUCGACUGGCACGCCUGCGACCUGUUCCCGGUGAGCUGGGUCGACCUUGUCGUCGUCUUGACGGCCGACACCGAGUCACUAUAUGAUCGGUUGGCAUUGAGAAAAUACCCCGAGGCCAAGAUGCAGGAAAACAUUGAUGCCGAGAUCAUGCAGGUGCUCCUCCAGGAAGCGCACGACGCCUUUGACGAGGGCAUGGUCGUGGAGCUAGCGUCCAACACGCCGGACGACAUGGAGGCCAAUGUGGACCGGAUCGUGGCGUGGGUGGCCCAGUGGCGCAAGGACCAGGGCAUUGACAAAGCGGAUGAGUAG